AUGACCAACCGAGGAGCCUCUUCUUCUUCUGCUCCUUUCACCAAGUCAUGGAAAUACCAUGUCUUUCUGAGCUUCAGAGGUUUUGACACUCGCUCAAAUUUCACAAGCCAUUUGUAUAGCAAUUUGCGUCUACAAGGAAUUAACACCUUCAUGGAUGAUGAUGAGCUCAGAAGAGGAGAAGAAAUAUCAAACGCGCUUCUCACAGCAAUUGAAGGCUCAAAGAUUUCUGUGGUGGUGUUCUCCGAAAACUAUGCCUCCUCAAAGUGGUGCUUGGAUGAGCUUGUUAAGAUUCUUGAUUGCAAAGAAUCAAAUCAACAAUUGGUCAUCCCAGUUUUUUACAAGGUGAAUCCAUCAAAUGUACGGAAUCAUAGAGGAAGCUUCGGGGAUGCACUGGCUAACAUGGGGCGGAAAUACGAAGAGAGAAGUCAUAGAUCUGAAGCUGAACUAAUUCAUAAUAUCGUUCAAGAAAUUUCACAGCGAGUAAUAGACCGUACACAUUUGUAUGUGACAAAGUAUCCAGUUGGAAUGCACCAUCCUGUAGAAGAUAUAAUUAAGCUUUUGGAUUUGAGGGAAAACGAUGUUCGUAUGGUAGGUGUAUGGGGAACUGGUGGAAUUGGUAAGACCACAAUUGCUACAGCUGUUUAUAAUUCAAUUGCCCACGAAUUUAAAGGCUGUUCUUUUUUGGCAAACGUCGGAGAUUCUAAGGGACAAGGUUUAGCCAAACUACAGAGGACUCUUCUUUAUGAGAUUCUAAAGGAUACAAAUUUGGAGGUGGCCAACGUUCAUAAAGGGGCCACUAUGAUAAAGCAAAGGUUGAGUUGUAGAAAGGUUCUCUUGGUUCUUGAUGACGUGGAUGACAUGGAACAGUUACACAAGUUAGUUGGGGCACGUGAUUGGUUUGGUGUAGGCAGUAGAAUUAUCAUAACAACAAGGGAUAAGCAACUGUUAACUGCUCAUGAUGUUAAUUUAAUACAUGAGGUCAAGAUUUUAGAUAACCAUAAUGCUCUUGAGCUCUUCUGCUGGCAUGCCUUCAAAAGAAGUGGGCCUCCUUUGGGUGAUUAUGUGAAACUUGCAGAACGUGCAAUACGCUAUGCUCAAGGCCUUCCUUUGGCUUUGGAAGUUCUCGGUUGUUGUCUAUGUGGUGGAAGCAUAGAUAAAUGGGAAGCUGAAUUGGAUGGUUUCAAAAGCCCGAAAAUUCAAGACGUUCUCAAAAUAAGUUACAAUGCAUUGCAUCACAGCGUACAGGAGGUUUUCCUUGACAUUGCAUGUUUCUUUAAGGGUAAAGAUAUAAAGUAUGUGAAAGACGCUUGUGACGCCAGAUAUGGCAUUGAUGUACUCAUAGAAAAGGCCCUCAUAAGUGUUGAAGGAAGUUAUAUUCAUAUGCAUGACUUACUAGAAAAGAUGGGUAAGGACAUAAUUGAGCAGAAGUCGCCCACUGAACCCGGAGGACGUAGCAGAUUGUGGUUUUAUGAAGAUGUCAAGCAUGUUCUGACGAAUAAUACAGGAACAAAUAAAAUCACAGGCAUCAUGUUAAAUUUCCCCAAACCAGAUGAUGAGAUAUUCUUGAAUGUUGGCAGAAGCUUCUCGAAGAUGAAAAAUCUUAAAAUUUUCAUAAACCACAAUGUAUGCCUUUCUGGAGAUACUAGUUCUAUCCCAAACAAUUUGAGAGUUCUUGAUUGGCAUGGAUGUCCGUUCCCAUUUUUUCCACCCAAUUUUCGUCCAAAUGGACUAGUUGUGCUCAGUCUGCCUUACAGCCGCAUCAAACAACUAGGGGAGGGAUUGAAGCAUAUGACAAAGUUGACAUAUUUGAAUUUCACGGGAUCUCAAUUCCUAACUGAAAUCCCCGACCUAUCUAGCUGCCCAAACUUAAGGUACUUGAAUGCAAAUGAUUGUACAAGUUUAGUCGAGGUUCAUCCAUCUGUUGGAUAUCUUGAUAAACUUGAAAAUUUGGACUUUUGUCGCUGUUGUGAACUCACGAAGUUUCCAAAUAAAGUUGGGUUGAAAUCUCUGAAAUUAUUUCUUCUUUACGAUUGCAUAAAGUUGGAGAGUUUCCCAGAAAUUGUGGACAAAAUGGAAUCCUUAAUUGAUUUGGGCCUUGGGAGAACUGCUAUAAAAGAGUUGCCGUCAUCCAUUGGAAAUCUCACUGCCCUAAAACUUUUACGGUUAGAAGGAAGUGCUAUAGAAGAGUUGCCUUCAUCAAUUGGAAAUCUCACUGGACUUAAACAAUUAAAUUUAGAAGGAUGUGAAAACCUUGCAAAUCUGCCACAAAGUAUUUAUGGGUUGCAAAAUCUAGGUUUUAUUGAUCUCAGUGGAUGCCCAAAACUUGUCACACUUCCAAAUAACUUGAUCUCUGAAGGUUUAUCGAGUGCAGAAUCACUUCCUUUGGAGGUUCGAACCAACGCAAACAGUCCACGCGAUGGCGACUUCAUGAGGCAGGGGGAGAUGUAUUUUCAAGAGUGCAAUGUAUCAAAUAAUGAUUCCUUGGAGAAUUUUUGUUUCUGGUCCAACUUAGUGAAAAUUAAUCUAGCCAAAAGCAAUUUUGUCAGUCUUCCUGUGUGCAUUAGCAAAUGUGUCAACUUGCAGGAGCUUAAUUUGAGUGGUUGCAAGAGACUUGUAGAAAUUCUAGUACAACUUCCAGCGUCUGUAGCAAGGAUUGAUAUGAGUGAUUGCAUAUCACUGGAAAGACUUUCAAUAUUGUCAAAGAUAUUGGAAGACGAAGACAUGCAAGGCAUUAGUGACAUGGACUUGUCUAAUUGCCAUAGACUAUGCGACAACCUUGGGUUGGAUCUUUCAAAGAUGGCAAAAAUUUUCCUGAAUCAGAUGAAGAGGAGUGAUUCGACUAUCGUUAAACUACCUGACAAUGGCAGUGAAGUUCCAAAGUGGUUCACUUUUGGUGAUGACUUUGAUGACUAUGAUGAGAGUAAAUUUGAUUACGUUUUUGAUGGCAGAAGUGUUCGUAAUUACAAACUUCCUAUUGAAAUUCCUUGGACUUCCGUAUUGGAGAACACAAAAUUGGUUUUGUUUGCUAUUUGGGAAAUUACGGAAUCAUUUGUUAGCCCUUGUUCUCUUUUAUUUGAUUUGGAUGGUUAUGGAGAUCACAUGUAUCUGCCUGGAAGAGAGACAGGGGAAGGUUAUGUGUGGCUGGAAUGUAUUCCAAUUUCUUAUGUACAAUUAAAAACGCCUAUUUUUCGAGUUACUGUUAUCGGCAAAGGGUUGCACAUCAAAAGCAUUAGGGCCCACUUGGCUCCUAUCAGUAUGUCAAAGGAUGGUGAUGAUGAUGGCAAACAUAUUGAUGAAAAUGAGUUAGAUGAUGAUGAUAAUGUAGGUGAUGAAGUUGGACCCAUAAAGAGAACAAAUAUAUGACCUCUGUCUGCAUUUCAACGUGUUGAUGUUGAAAACUUACUUCAAGUCUGGACCAAAAGAUUAUUAAGUGAGUCGUCUUCCUCUGGGAAGAGAUUAUAAGCUGGUGCCCCAAGUGUUCGUUUUUGUAUCUUUAGCAUCUCCUUAUUUUAAGAUAUUUCUAUUUUUGAAUGCCUCUUGGCGAGACACCUCAAGACGACUUCCUCUUGAUUAUUUUGAUGCCAUAAUAAUGACCUUGUGUUGUAUUAUUAGUCCUAAUAUGAA